ACAAGUCAUCAUAUUCUAAUAAUAAGAAAAUACUGACAUUAUAUUAUACUUAACGUAACGUUAACGGCGACGGUGGUGGAUAUCCUCACUUCAAAGUAAUCCAUACCGUUGCUUUUCCACACCCGGCACUCAACGGUCUCAAAACCAGCCACGUGGCACGUAACGACGCCGUUUUAACCAAAUCAUUUGAGUGCUGUCUGAUUAAAUCACCGAUGAGUUUCCACAAGCAACAGAAAAGAAACUGAAAAGAGCGCUUCCAUAAUUGUACCUUCUUCCCAUUCUCGAAUCACACUCUUUCUUCAUUCCUCAUCCAACGCGCUUUUUUCAUCAUCACCAUCGUUGCUAUCUUCGUUUCUCAAUCUAUUCUCACAUUGAACGUGGUGGUGAUGUCACUGAAAGCGAUUCACCAAACAUGAUCAACUGUUCGUAAUAAAAGAGACUUUUUAUCUUUUUUUUUAUUCGUGGUUGCAGAUUUUGGCGUUACCGAGCGAAUUAGGGUUUCUUAUUUUUGUGCAUUUUCCGAUGACGGGGUACGAUGAUGACUGUGGCGGUGAGUUGAAAAAGGAGGUAGUGCCGGACCUCACUAUCACAAUCGAAGCUGAUGAUAACAAAGGGGAUUAUAUCAAAUUGAUGCCUUGCUCAGAUGAGGGUUCACCGUUAGGUGCGGCCGAGGAGUGUUCUCCGCCGGCGAGGAGAUCUGUUGUGUGGUACUGGAUCAAAAUGGUGUUGUUGUUUUUAUUCUUAGGGUUUUUGGCUGUUGCUGUGCUCAAGUGGGUUGGACCCUAUUUCAUAGACAAGGAGGUUAUUCCAAUAAUAAAUUGGGAAACAGAGACUUUCAGUCCUCCGGUGCUUACUAUUUUGGUGUUUGCUUCAGUUGCACUUUUUCCAACUAUACUUUUGCCAUCUACACCCUCUAUGUGGGUUGCUGGAAUGAAAUAUGGUUAUGGAUUUGGGUUUUUGCUAAUAAUACCUGCAGUAGCUAUUGGUGUUUCACUCCCUUUUAUCAUUGGCUCAAUCUUCCAUCAUAAAAUUGAAGGAUGGUUAGAGAAGUAUCCAAAGAAGGCUUCUAUUCUAAAGUCUGCUGGCGGUGGAAGCUGGUUUCAUCAGUUUCGAGCAGUUGCCUUAAUCAGGGUUUCUCCAUUCCCUUACAUGAUCUACAACUAUUGUGCUGUGGCAACAAAUGUCAAGUACGGGCCUUACAUAAUUGGAUCCUUGGUUGGAAUAGUGCCGGAGAUAUUCGUUGCAAUCUACACGGGAAUUUUGAUUCGGACAUUGGCUGAUGCUACAAAUGAAAGACAAUCUCUAUCUGCCCAGCAGAUCAUUUUCAAUGCUUUAGGCUUCUGUAUAACUGUGGCUACAACCAUCAUUAUCACAGUUUAUGCCAAGAGACGGCUCAAGGAGUUGCAGGAGGAGGACAAUGCAAUAAUAGUCCAGUAGUUUUUUAGUCUGGCCUUUGAUUGUUUCCAGCCCGCCACAACUAUAUUAUCAUACUGGUAAGUGGCAAGUGGGGUGCUCAUUGCAUUGCUAGGAGAGAUUUUACUUAUCUAGUAACUUCAUCCAUGGGAAGGGUCGACCUCAAAUGUAUUAUAAAAAUGACGGGAAAGGUUGAUCAAGGAUAUCCAAGGAACAUUCUAACUUCACUUUAAAAAUCAUCUUCAAAAUCGUUUUCCUUUGUACAUGAAUUUAUUCAUAUGAUUCGAUUUAAACUUGGAAGUAUUCGUUUGUGUAAAUCAGAUGCUUCAAUAUUGAUGGAGUUGCCAACAUGUGUUGCUGGAAUAACGUUAUGUCCCCAUUGUUCAA